AUGCCCAACAGCAGCUCCAUCACUGAGUUCCUCCUCCUGGCAUUCUCAGACACACGCGAGCUGCAGCUCCUGCACUUUGCGCUCUUCCUGGGCAUCUACCUGGCUGCCCUCCUGGGCAACGGCCUCAUUCUCACCACCAUAGCCUGCGACCACCGCCUCCACACCCCCUUGUACUUCUUCCUCCUCAACCUCGCCCUCCUCGACCUGGGUUGCAUCUCCACCACUGUCCCCAAAGCCAUGGCCAAUUCCCUCUGGGACACCAGGGCUAUCUCCUAUCAAGGAUGUGCUGCCCAACUCUUUUUCGUUGCUUUCUUGGUUGGAGCAGAGUAUUCCCUUCUCACCGUCAUGGCCUAUGACCGCUAUGUUGCUAUCUGCAAACCCCUGCACUAUGGGACCCUCCUGGGCAGCAGAGCUUGUGCCCAGAUGGCAGCAGCUGCCUGGGGCAGUGGCUUUCUCAAUGCUAUCCUGCACACAGCCAGUACAUUUUCCCUGCCCCUCUGCCAAGGCAAUGCCAUGGACCAGUUCUUCUGUGAAAUCCCCCAGAUCCUCAAGCUCUCCUGCUCAGAUGCCUACCUCAGGGAAGUUGUGGCACUUGUGUGUAGUGUUUCUUUAGCCUUCGGUUGUUUUGUUUUCAUUGUUUUCUCCUAUAUUCAGAUCUUCAGGACCGUGUUCAGGAUCCCCUCUGAGUUGGGCCAGCACAAAGCCUUUUCCACAUGCCUCCCUCACCUGGCUGUGGUCUUCCUGUUUAUCAGCACUGGCAUAUUUGCCUACCUGAAGCCCCCUUCCAUCUCCUCCCCAUCAAUGGAUCUUAUUGUGGCAGUUCUCUACUCAGUUGUUCCUUCAUCACUGAACCCCCUUAUCUACAGCAUGAGGAAUCAAGAGCUCAAGGAUGCAGUGAGGAAACUCUAUGGAUACAUGCUUCUUCGGAAUCAAUAAUGACUUUAAGUUCCCUGAUAAUUUCAGACACCGUAAAUUUUUUGUUAUUAUAUUUCUCUAUAAAUAUUUUCUCCAAGUUGUUUUGAUUUAAAUAAUGUUAUCCUUAACCUGUAACGUGAUAUUUUUUUGAUUUACAAUGACCAGUCAUCAAAUCUACCUA